AGCCAAACCCAAAAAAAAAAAGAAAAAAAAAGAAGGAGAAAACAGAAAAAAAAAAACCUUGAUUUUUCUCUCUUCUACAGAUCCACCAUCGCCACUAUCACCUCCGUUCUUUCACCUCGGAUCUUCACCAUCCCCUUGCUGAUCUGGCUUUGUUUUUUGUUUUGUGUGGGUUUUUUUGGUUUGUUUGUUUAUAUGUUGCUUUGCUUUGUUUGUUUGCUGUUUCUUGCUCUGUUCGGAAAGGAAGAUGAAUGGUGGUGGUGUGAGCAAAAUCAGUUGGCGAUGUGAGCAAAAUCAAGGGAUGAUUUGUUAUGCUUUGCUACUUCUGUUUGGGCCGGUAAAGGAAAGGAAGAUGAGUGGCAGAGGCGUGAGGCUCGAAGGAGAUGAGGCCGACGAAGGACUAGUGAGUGAGAUGCCGACGGAAGUCGAGCAGGGAGAUUAAGUGCUUUGCUGCUUCUGUUCGGUGGUGGAGAUGCCGACAAACUCACGGAGAUGGAGCAGGGAUGAGGGAAAGGGAUGCCGAUGGCCCGAUGAUGUCUUCUACAUUGCAGUUCUACUUCUACUUUCUAAUGUUGCUCUUCUCAUGUUGUUUUAACAUAAUAGUCCCUUCUUAUUGGGGUUUUAAAUUUAAUUUAAAUGUAAAUUUAAAGUUUUUAAUGUAAUACCAUUAAAAAGAUAAGAUAAAA